UGCACCUGGACAGCGCUGCAUCUCAAUAUCCCCAGGAAGGACGAAGGAUUUUGGUCUAAAUAUCUCAGAAAGUUGAAAUGGAUGACUCUCACAAUGAUUGCUCCCGAGUACACAUUUUGGGUUGCCAGCGGACAGCGAAGUGUUGCCAUAAAGAGUCUGAUACAGCUACGGAAAUACGAUUCUUGGGACUGGACUACCACCCACGCCUUUUAUGCCGCUAUGGGUGGAUUUGUGCUGGUCGACAAGGAAGCCCCGGACGCUCGUUUUCCAAUAUCGGUGGAGGAGGUGAUACAGCUUCUUGAAGAUAAACAAAUUCCUCCGGAUGGCGUGGGACUUCUUCAACAUCUUCGCCAAGAAGAUAUUGAAGAUAGGAGUAAGGCGAAUUCAUUUGCGAAGGGACUUGCUUGCGUUCAAUUUGUCUGUCUAGGUCUUCAAUGCAGUGCCAGAGCAGCUCAGCACCUGCCAUUCACGCUGCUUGAGCUGGUGACCGUGGCUGAAGCUAUCGUUACAAUCGGCACAUAUAUCAUGUGGUGGAACAAGCCCUUUGACGUAACCUCGACUAUUGAACUCCAUAUUUCAAGUGCUUCCACCUUGGCCUCUUCAAUUUGCAACCCUAGUCAUUCUAUCAUUGCAUCUCAUAGCAGUCCGGUUAUUUCGAAUGAUGGCCGUCCUAGCCAGGAAGGUGUCAGCGAAAACCCUGAUGUUCUUGAUGUUCUGCCUCUUGACCAACGAGCGAUGAUGACACCGGCGAAUCGCCAGCAUCAGCCCCAAUCAAUGGAAGAACAUGAUAUAGAUCCGGGCUUUCUUGCUGUCGGCUUUGGGGCACUGCACACUGCUGCGUGGAAUUUCAACUUUCCUACUUUAGUAGAACGGAAUCUGUGGAGAAUCUCGAGCUUAAUCUUGGCGACUAGUCUUCCUAUAUAUUUUCUCUGUUGGAUUUUCAUUAUGGCGAGUGAAGAGAAAGACUCUCCUCAAAAGCCUGCUAUAUUGCGAUGGAUUGCGAUUUUGAUUGGUGGGGUAUAUAUUCUAGCCCGUAUAUAUACUCUAGCAGAAUGCCUAGUGAGUCUUCGAAGGCAACCUCUUAGGGUAUAUGAAACUACUAAGUGGACUUUGUAUUUUCCACAUUUCUAA